AUGGUUACAGUCCGGGGACCGAAUUUUGCCAGUUAUGGUGAUCGGCAAAUAAAUAAAUUAAUUUUGCAGACAACUGGUCUGACGGGUUUAUUCGUUAACGAAAACCCUCAUCGUUCACUAAAAAUUGUUUAUGGUCGAAUUUUGCGCACUUUGGAGGAAAUUCCAGUAUCAGCUGCUUAUAGAAAAUAUACUGAACAAGUUAUAAAACGAAGGCUUGCAAUAGUUGAACAGGAAAGCGAUAUCGAAAAGCUUGAACAAAAAAUUGGAAUGGGUCAAGUUGAAGAGUUAAUUGAGCAGGCUGAGUAUGAACUUCAAGCAGCACGCGCAGUUCUAGAUAAUAAAGCUUGGGAGGAUUUAGUGGAAGUUGCUCCGGAGGAACAGUGGAGAUGGCCUAUUUGA